AUGGCAACUGUAUACAGGACGCGAGCGCUGCCGACAGUGUUGCGGAGGACGAGAUGGCCGCAAUCGCAACCGCCAGCCCGAGCGAUAGCCACGGCCGCUGCAGUUGAAUACCACAACCCAGAGCCUUCCAUGCCGCAACAUUCGUCCGAAGACUUGUCCAAACCGGAUCUCAAGGCCAACAUCCGCAACGCAAAACCUUUCUCCGACUUCCUCACGGACACAUUCAACCGCCAGCACGACUACCUUCGCAUAUCCCUGACCGAACGAUGCAAUCUACGGUGCCUGUAUUGCAUGCCCGAAGAAGGCAUCCAGCUGUCGCCGAACAAGGAGAUCUUGACGACGGCAGAGGUGCACUACUUGAGCGCGCUGUUCGUCAAUCAGGGGGUCAACAAGAUACGCCUGACUGGUGGCGAGCCGACCGUCAGGAAGGAUAUUAUCCCGCUGAUGCAGGGGCUCGGCCGCCUGCGCAAAGACGGGUUGAAAGAGAUUGCUUUGACUACAAAUGGCAUAUCCUUGCAUCGAAAACUAGAUGCUAUGAUCGAGGCCGGCUUGACAGGCGUCAACAUCAGCUUGGACACGCUGGAACCCCAUCAAUUCGUGCUCCUAACCCGGCGCCAGGGUUUCGACGCUGUCAUGAAGAGUAUCAACAGAGUACAAGAGAUGAACAGGCUGGGUGCAGGAAUUAAACUCAAAAUCAACUGUGUGGCGAUGCGCGGGUUGAAUGAUCACCAGAUUUUGCCAUUUGUAGAAAUGACUCGAGAUCAGGAUAUCGAGGUGCGCUUUAUCGAAUACAUGCCGUUUGGCGGAAACAAGUGGUCGCAGAAGAAAAUGCUUCCAUAUGCGGAGAUGCUGGAUCUUAUUCGAACACGAUAUCCCACAAUCGCCCGACUAAAGGAUGCGAAGAACGACACAUCAAAAACAUGGCAGGUGCCGGGUUUCUUGGGACGGGUGGGUUUCAUCACUAGCAUGACGCACAACUUCUGUGGUACUUGCAAUCGUCUACGAAUUACGUCCGAUGGCAAUUUGAAAGUUUGUCUACAUGGCAAUGCGGAGGUCAGCCUCCGCGAUCUCCUACGGAAGGAUAGCCAUGGCCAGCCUAUGAAUGAGGCAGCAUUUGAAGCGAUACGACAAAUCGAGCUUGAUCGAAGGAAAGGGCGAGAAGAUGGUCUGCACUUCGAUAGCCAGGACAGCUGGAUCAGCAAAGAGCGAGAACUUCUUGAUGUAAUUGGCGCUGCAGUCAAGCGCAAGAAAGCGGCGCAUGCUGGCAUGGGCGAGUUGGAAAACAUGGAGAAUCGUCCGAUGAUUUUGAUUGGUGGGUAG